AUGUCUAACAUCUACAAUCGGAGCCCAGUAUCUCCACUAGAUUUCGAUCCUCCACCAAAACAGUCACACGGAAGCAAUAUAGGAGAAGGCGUUACAAAGAGCACAAACGUACUGGUGAGGUCAACGACCUCUUCAAGCUCGUCGUCUCGCCCCUCGCUGUCUAGCCCUCGAACCGCUCGCUUUGCGGAAGCCACUUCGAUCAACUCCCCCGUCGAUCCGAGUCAAGCGAGAAAUCCGUUCAAAGAUCCCCCGAAACCGUCCACACGGCAUCUCAUGCCUGAACCACAACCCUCCGACGUUGGCUUCGGCUAUGUGUCGGACCAACAGGCUUCAAAGCAUACCUCGUUCGCGGAGGUUCCAAUAACUCCUAACUCGCCCUUGAAGAGUGCUUUGAAGGUCCCAGGAACACCGGGAAACAAAAACCCACUCAGCCCAACGUUCAAAGAGGAAGAGGAUCUGGAGAAGGCAGAAGGGAAAACGGAGAAGCAGAAUGCAAAGGACCUGGUUAUCAAGACAAGGGUUCGAAUGGCCAAGAUGUGUCUUCGUAUGACGAACUUCAGCUGCAGCUUGAUUGUACUUUCGAUGCUCUCGGCCACAUUCACCAUCUUCAAUGCCUCACGAGCUCUGCCGAAUAGGGGCAAAUUUCCUCCAUGGGCUCCAAAGCAGCAAAUAUGGCCGCAGGUCACUAUGCUAGUCAUUGCCGCCGUCUCCCUGUUCAUGGCCCUUGGGGUCUUCUACGCAUACUGGAAAGGAGGGCAUAGGAGGGCAGAAAAGGCCGCAAUCUACUAUACUUUCUUCUCGAUCGCCUUCUUCACCUUUAGCAUCAUCAUGUGGAGUGUUGGGGCAGCCAUACUUAGCCAAAGCAAGAAGAAUGGAAAAGGAAACGACAUGUGGGGAUGGGCUUGUAAGGACGGGACCCGAAAGAACCUUUUCUCCCAGGACGUCGACUACUCAUUGAUCUGCCGUCUACAGCAUUGGUCGCUUAUCUGUGCAUUCAUUGAAAUUAUUGUCGAGAUCAUUACCAUCGCGAUCUAUGCCAUUGUCUUCUACAGAUUCUACUCCAAACGCCGUCUUCACAAGUCAAUGGACGUCCGAGAUAAGGCCCGCAGCGAUCUCUAUCUGGCUCAGCUUCGCUCUCAAUCAGCCCCAAAUACCCCUGGUUUCCAAAAGACACCCUUGUCGCCGAGAUUCCCUGACAGCGUCCGAAAUCAGAUGAUGGACGACGAUGAAAAGGGCGAUUCUACCCAGUAUGCCGCCAAACGUCAGUCUUUCUCUCAGCCAAAGCCAUUUGCAUUACAAGCACCCCCGAUCAAGGUCCACGCGGCCUCACCAACUACUUCGCAAGACGCUUUCGGCACUGCACCAAGAGCGCAGGAACCCGUUCCCGCAGCCCCCGGAGAGCAGACUUACGAGGCUGUGCCUAUUCCGGGAGCUUACUCCACUCCCUUGGCGUCGCCUGGAAUUCAAUCACAACAAAUGGGCUCAAUACCGGGCCAGGCAAUGACGACAAACCAAAGGAUUGAAAGCCCGCCCUCGAGUCCGCGACUCGGCAAGGUCACCCUGCAUUAG